CUUCCUGUUUCUGUGGUACCCUGGAUGGAGACCUGAGGUGAUGAAGAUCAGUGGUGUGUUAGCGGUGCUCCUCAUGGUUUUUGAGUCCAUUCAUGGUUUAGAAGAUGUGAUUAUAACCUGUAGUGAACAGUGGCUGCGGGUGAGAGUUAAAUGGCAGGUUCUCGGGAAUCACCAGGAGCCCCGGCCAUCUGAGCUGUAUCUAGGAACUCGCUGUGCUGCAACCGGAAGGCCCAUGGGUUACUAUGAGUUUUUUUAUUCUAUCUCUCAAUGUGGAAUCAGAGCUGAAGUACGCUUAUGGGGUAUUCUCAUUGAAAGUUCAAUCAAUUAUGAACCGGAAAAUUCAGAUGUCUGGGGUUUCUUACCAAUAUCGUGCUAUAUUCAAAGAUCAUUUACAUUAAAUUAUUCGAAAAAGGUAAAAGACGAUAAGGGCGACGCGUCCAAAAAACCAGCCAGAAAGAAGAGUUCAAGGUUACUUGAAGCAAAAAACACAGGGACCCGCCCAGAAGGGGCAGUAAGCAGUAUUGCAGGACCAUAUCCAAUUUCUCCCUCCCGGUUAAGUAUGGAAAUUUAUCUGUGAAUGCAGGAGGGAGAGGCAGCCACAGUGACCCCGGAACUGUGGCUCCUGAGGACUGUCCUGCCUGUUGGAGAAUGGGCUAAUGCCUAUGGAUUUCAUUUUCUACCUGUUUUAAAAUUACCAUUUUAAAUUUCCUCUGCAGUCUGUAUUUAUGAACAUUUUGGUGUGUGUGGGGGCAAGAGCUUCUUCAGAGUUUAAGCUUGUAAU